AUGUUGAAGGUUUUCACGUACUGGAAGGACAGGUCCCCGUUCCGGCAGUACUCCGCCAGCUUGCGAGCAGACUUCUUCCAGAAGAAUCUGUUGUAUGCAAUUCAAACUAGAGGGGUAAUUCCACAGAACGGGAGGCACACCAUUAACCUCUCCUGCCUGGGGGGGUCUGUUCAGCUGCAGAAUGAAGAGGAGCCAGGUGAGGCUGCCCCGGUGGUGAACGACGCGCCGCCGCCCUACAGCAGCAUUUCUGCCGAGGGUACAGCUUAUUUUGACUACAAGGAUGAGUCAGGGUUCCCUAAGCCUCCAUCUUACAACGUGGCCACAACACUGCCUAGUUAUGAUGAGGCAGAGAGAACCAAGGCUGAAGCCACAAUCCCGCUGGUUCCUGGGCGGGAUGAUGACUUUGUGACACGGGAUGACUUUGAUGACACUGACCAGCUGAGGAUAGGAAAUGAUGGUAUUUUCAUGCUCACCUUCUUCAUGGCAUUCCUCUUCAACUGGAUUGGAUUUUUCCUGUCUUUCUGUCUGACUACAUCAGCUGCAGGACGAUAUGGGGCCAUUUCUGGGUUUGGACUGUCUCUUAUCAAAUGGAUCCUUAUUGUCAGGUUCUCCACCUAUUUUCCUGGUUACUUUGAUGGCCAGUAUUGGCUCUGGUGGGUCUUCCUUGUACUAGAUGUUUUCUGGCAAAUGUCUUCCUGCCUUAGUGAACCACCCCUCAAGAAGCAACAGGACACCUGCAGGAAGUGAAUCAAGACUCUGGAGCAGAAGAAAAAAAAAAAUCCUCACCUGCUUUAAAA